AUGGAUGGAGACAAUAAGACCUUUUCCAGUGACUUCACCCUCACAGGACUCUUCACCCACAGCAAAGCUUCAGGCUUCCUUUUUAGCAUCCUUUGUGUCAUCUUCUUCAUGGCACUAAUGGCCAACGGUUUCAUGAUCUUUCUGAUCUACAGAGACUCGCGCCUGCACACCCCGAUGUACUUCCUGCUCAGGCAGCUCUCUUUCAUUGACAUGCUGUACAUCUCCACCAUUGUGCCCAAGAUGCUGGUUGAUUACCUGCUGGGCAAGGGGACCAUCUCCUUUAUGGCCUGCACAGCCCAGUUCUUUCUCUACAUGGGCUUUGUGGGAGCUGAGUUCUUCCUGCUGGGGCUCAUGGCGUACGACCGCUACGUGGCCAUCUGCAGCCCUCUGACAUACACUGUCCUCAUGAGCCACCGGGUCUGUUGGGUGAUCUUGGCCAGCUCUUGGUUUGGAGGUGCUUUGGACAGCUUCAUCCUUACCCCUAUCACCAUGAGUCUCCCAUUCUGCGCUUCCCACAAGAUCAAUCACUUCUUCUGUGAGGCACCCACCAUGCUGAGGCUGGCCUGUGGUGACAAAGUCAUCUAUGAAAUGGUGAUGUACAUUUGCUGUGUCAUGAUGCUUCUGAUCCCCUUCUCUGUGGUAACUGCUUCCUACACCCAGAUUCUCAUCACGGUGCACCAAAUGAAGUCAGUAGAAGGGAAGAAGAAGGCCUUUGCCACCUGUUCAUCACAUAUGACGGUGGUGACAUUGUUCUACGGGGCUGCCCUGUACACAUAUAUGCUUCCCCAAUCCUACCACACCCCAAUCAAAGACAAGAUUUUCUCUGCCUUCUAUACCAUCCUCACCCCCUUAUUAAACCCACUCAUCUACAGCCUGAGGAACAGAGAUGUGACUGGGGCCUUUAAGAGGGUUUUGGCAAGCUGUCGAGGGGCCUGUGGUGUGACAAGGGAAGAAUUCUGA